AUGGCAACAAGUGCAAGCAACGAUCAACUGAAAAGCAGCCAUCUAUUCGAUGUUUCCAACUUCUCAGCUCUUAUCACUGGAGGCGGAUCCGGAAUUGGCCUCAUGAUUACAGAGACUUUAGCUGCCAAUGGAGCCAAGGUCUAUAUUACAGGUCGACGCAAGGAGGCCUUGGAGACUGUAGUCAAGGAGUAUAACACCGGGCCUGGGAAGAUCAUCGCUUUGCCUGGCGACGUCUCCAAGAAAGACGAAGUUGCAAGACUCGUCAAGGAGAUUGAGUCCCAAGAGCCAAAUGGCAUUCAUCUCCUAGUCAACAAUGCCGGUAUUGCCAGAGAUGACAAUACCAAGUACUCGAAUAGCAAGCCCGACUUCAAGUCUGCCCAAUCCAUCUCCGAGCACCUCAUGAAGUCUGACCCUCAAGCCUGGGCCGAAACAUUCUCCACGAACGUCACUUCGCAGUUCUUCGUCUCUGCCGCUUUCCUUCCCUUGGUAAGUAACGUGGACGCCCAAUACUACCCACUUCAAGUUAUCCCAAUAUCACCAGGAGCCCGUGUUCUCGCCAAAUCCCUCGCCAGCACCCCCGGCUCCUCCCCGAGCAUCAUAAACAUAACUUCCAUCUCGGGCGUCAUGAAAGGCAGCAGCGCAGGCCAAUUCGCCUAUGCCUCUUCCAAAGCCGCCUUCCUGCACCUCACCCGUAUGAUGGCCACCACAUUUGCCGAAACCCACGUCAGGGUAAACAGCAUAGCGCCUGGUCUGUUUCCGUCAGAGAUGACGGUGGGCGGGAGUGAUGAGAGGCAGAAGAGCGAGCUGAAGAGCAAGGCGAGUAACCCCAGCGGACGGUAUGGGAGGGAGCAAGAUAUGGGGGCCUGUGUGCUGUUGCUCGCGGGGCCUGGAGGCGGCUUUUUGAAUGGCCAGGUUAUCUAUCCAGAAGGUGGGAAUCUUUUGGUACAGCCGGCUUGUGUGUAG